AUGAACCGCACCCUUGCUAUUCGUCUUGCGCGUCGUUCCCAGUUGCCUAGGCAGCUGGCAAAGGUUGCGAGCACGAGAGCGGUGUCAGGCACUGCCGCCGAGUCGCCUCAACAAGCGCGUCAUGGACAUCUGCCCGGCGUUCCCUCAUCAGCUAUUACAACUAAAAUGCACUUUUUCAACUCGGUCCUAGAGUCGAAGAGCAUCCCAACAUAUCGGGUAUUGGAUGGCUCGGGUGUAGUUAUUGAAGGGGCUGAAGUUCCCGAGAUUGACGAGGAGUUUGCGAGGAGAAUAUACGAGAAUAUGAUGCUGUUACCUGCGUUGGACACGGUAUUAUACAACGUACAAAGGCAAGGGAAGAUAAGCUUUUAUAUGACAUCCUAUGGGGAAGAGGCUAGUGUGGUAGGAAGUGCGGCGGCCCUCGCUGACACAGACGAAGUACUUGGCCAAUAUCGCGAAAUGGGUGUCCUGCUUUGGAGGAACUUUGGUAUUGAUCGCGUUAUGGCUCAGUGCUUUGGAAACGAACACGAUAAGAGCACCAAGGGGAGGCAGAUGCCGGUCCAUUUCAGUUCCCCCGAUCAUCACUUCCACACAAUCUCUUCUCCAUUAGCAACUCAAAUCCCCCAAGCUGCUGGUGUUGCUUAUGCGCUAAAGAGGGACCCAGCUCGACGAGGCAAAGAUGUCUCUGUCUGUUAUUUCGGAGAUGGCGCUGCCUCGGAGGGAGACUUCCAUGCAGGACUGGGGAUGGCAAGCGUCCUUGGAGGACGUAAGAACAAUGGUUUUGCGAUAUCAACGCCUACAACCGAACAGUAUGCUGGUGACGGCAUUGCUUCUCGCGGGCCUGGAUAUGGCAUGGAUACUAUUAGAGUUGAUGGGAACGAUGUACUUGCUGUUCUAGGUGCGGUCAGAGAGGCGCGAAGGCGCGCAUUGAGCGGCAGUGAUGGUGGACGGGCGGUACUCGUGGAGUGUAUGUCGUAUCGCGUCGGCCACCACUCAACUUCAGAUGACAGUUUUGCCUAUCGUGCGAAGCAAGAAGUAGAAGAUUGGAAGAAGAUUGAUAACCCGCAUCAUCGAUUCCGAAAGUUCCUUGAAUCCAAGGGAUGGUGGUCCCACGAUGAAGAGGAAGCACUCAAAGCAAAGCAAAAGCGCGACGUUAUGGAAGGGUUUAAAAAGGCAGAAGCAAUGAAGCGUCCACCACUUACCGAAUUGUUCACCGAUAUGUAUGAGGAAGGGAGUUCAGGGGAGCCUUGGACUAUAACCGAACAAAAAGCUGAGCUUAAGGCAUACUUGGAUAAAUAUGGAACAGCAUGGGAACCAUACGCGAAGGAAUUAGCGAAAUUUAAGUAG